AGGAGAGGAAGGAGGAGGGAAAAGGCUCGGGAAAAGUUUGAAAAGAAGACCGUUCGGUGGCCGGUUCGGCAGACGAGGAAUAAGGGCAGGUUGAACCAGGAGUCAAAAACGCCACGAAGUCUCCUUGUAAGUGUGUGUGGAUUUUACCACUGCCGGGGAUCCGCUAGGCACGCGCCUGGUCUUGUGUGCGUGCUGAUUAGAUGAGUUUGGCUUCACGAUGAGGAGCGACCCUGUUCUGUUCACUUCCAGCAGGGCGAUGGAGGAGCUAGUGUGUGAGCUUCGUCUGUUCCUGGACCUGCUGGACAGGGAGUAUCUGAGUGCUGGGGUCCGAGAGAAGAAGAUGCACCUCUCCAACAUCCUCCACAGAGUCCUGUCUGAUAAAGAGCCUUCAUUCAAGUCAGAGAUCCACAGUGGUCUGCCGGCCCCACCUCAGAUGCCCCUCCCUGAGAUCCCUCACCCCUGGCUGUCUCCAAACAGCAGCCCUCCUCCACUGCCUAGCUCUUCUCUACCAGAAGGAUACUAUGAGGAAGCGGUUCCUUUAAGUCCUGGAAAGGCUCCUGAAUACAUCACCUCAAACUAUGACUCAGAUGCCAUGAGCAGCUCCUAUGAGUCUUACGAUGAGGAAGAGGAAGAUGGCAAGGGCCAGAAGAUGCGUCACCAGUGGCCGUCUGAAGAGGCGUCCAUGGAUCUGGUGAAGGACGCUCGGAUUUGUGCAUUUCUGCUGCGCAAAAAACGCUUCGGACAGUGGACCAAACUCCUGUGUGUCAUCAAGGAUAACAAAUUGCUGUGUUACAAGUCCUCCAAAGACCACACACCCCAGAUGGAGCUGACCCUGUCAGGGUGCAGCAUCACUCACGUCCCCAAAGAUGGCAAGAAGAAGAGGCAUGAGCUGAAGAUCGUCCACCAGGGAGCAGACGCUCUGGUGCUCGCUGUGCAGAGCAAAGAACAGGCAGAACAGUGGCUCAAGGUGAUGCGAGAGGUAUGUGUCAAUGGGAGUGUAGACUUGGAUGGAGUUGGAUCUGGGUCACCUGUACACAAACCUGAACUGGAAAAGAAGGCACUGUGCGACAGACCGAGCUCAGAUGGUGAGGCCACCCAUGAGAACGGACACAACGACUGCAAGGACCAAGGAAAAGGAAAGAAGAACUCAAAGUCAGAGCAGAAGACUGGGACAGUGGGGAAGGGUGCAGGGAAGAAGAUCACUAAAAUCAUUGGGCUGGGUAAGAAGAAGCUGUCCACAGAUGAGCAGACGUCGUCAGCAGAAGAAGACGUUCCCACAUGUGGCUACCUGAACGUGCUCUCCAAUAACCGCUGGCGAGAGCGCUGGUGCCGCCUGAAGGACAACCAGCUGCUCCUCCAUAAGGACCGAGAUGACCUGAAGAGCCACAUCGCCUCUCUGCCCCUCCGAGGCUGCGAGGUCAGCCCUGGCCUCGACCACAAACACCCCUUUGCCUUCCGCCUGCUUCGUAACGGCCAAGAAGUGGCUGUUCUGGAGGCCGCCUCCUCUGAGGACAUGGGUCGCUGGUUGGGGGUUUUAUUGGCCGAGACAGGCUCCACCACAGACCCAGCCACCCUGCACUACGACUACAUUGAUGUCGAGACCACUGCCAACGUUAUCCAGCUGGCCAAGCAGUCCUUCUGUUUCACCAGUAAGCGUGCUGUUUCCCCUAACCCGUACCUGGAUAACCCAGUCAGUGGCUACGCCUCCCCCACUGGAAUGGCUCUGCACUAUGAUGAUGUGCCCAUUAACGGAACAGAGCCAGAGGCGCUGUACUCCAGUCCUCGUACAAGGGGGUGCCGACUUAAAGAGGAGGUGUACUAUGAGAACACUGACCUCUAUGAGAACAUGCCCUCGCCCAAGCUUGCCACUCGCUAUUCUCCCAAGCCUUCCUCUGCUUCUGCUGCCUCUUCCCACACCUCGACCAGUCACUACAAAACCCCUGUCUCUAAAAUACCUUCAAAGUUACCCAGUGCUGAUUCUAAAACUAAACACACUACUCAGCUGAAGGGAAAGAAGGGAUCAGCAACCAAUGGAAUGGCAUCAAAACAAAAGGCAGACCAAAAGAAUCAGUCAAAGAAGAAUGUAGUCAAUGGGACAAAUGGAAUAGCAUCUUUGAAACGCAACAACUCCACUUCUCCACACCAACUCUGUUGUGCAGAUGCAGAACAGUGUAAGUACGGGAAGAACCGUGUGGAGGCAGAUGCCAAACGGCUCCAGGCCAAGGAGGAAGAGCUGAUGAAGAAGAAGCAGGAGAUCAGGAACCAUCUGACCCAGCUGAAGAAUCAGAGGAGAGACCUGCGCACUGCUGUGGAGGCUGCUGCUGGCAAACGUUCACACACUUCCCUGUCUGAGCGACUGAAGAAGGUGGAGGAGGAGUGCAGGCAGAAGGAGGAAGAGCUGAUGAACCUGGAACUGGAGCUGACUGAGCUGAAGGAGAGCUUGAAGAAGGCCUUGAGUGGAGGGGUCACCCUGGGCCUCGCCAUCGAACCAAAAGCUGGCUCCUCCCAUCUCCAGGUCAGAACACCUGCAUCGUCCUGUGGCUCAUUAAUGUCUCCUACAAUGUUGAGGCGGAACCAGGAGUCUUCUCCCUUCUCCAGCUGUGACACCAGUGACACAGAGUCCCUGUCCCUGCCAGUCAACAGCGCCUCACUGCUCCGUCGGCAGCAGCAUGGGCAGAAGACCUCGCCAGUUCGGGGACACGUCCUCAGGAAGGCCAAGGAGUGGGAGCAGAAGAAUGGCACAUAAACCGCUCAACCCCUUGCAUCAGUCUAACUCCUUUUUUCUUUUGAAGAAAUUGUGUAUAUAUUUAUUUAAAACUGUGGAUACAGUCAGAGAUGGCGUUGAGGAGGACACAAGCAUAGCAUGCACAUGAACCAAAACAAGUUUUAGUGGAGGCUACUGUAAGUACCACAUACAGACAUAGCGACCUUUUUACACUUUUAGACUAUUGAGCAUGCUUAGUGUACUAAGUUGUUAUCCGCUGUACUUCUUUGUCAAGCAACCACCGCUCUUUUUUUUUUUUUUUUUUUUUUGCCAUUCAAAAUUGGUUCCUUGCACUUUGGGUUCAGAAAGGUCAAAGGUCAAAACCAAGUAUUUAUUUGUAAAUGUUUAAAGGAAACCCUAGCUUCCCUUUGUUUAUUUAUGUUGAUUAUAUUUAAAGGUUUUUGUAGUGUUUGUGGACACAAUCUCAUUUCCUACACAGUUGAUGAUUCACAUUUACAGAUGUCAGUGUGAGCACACACAGUGCAUCUUCAAGGGUCACAGUAGUCAUAUGGUAACAAACCAGCUGGGUAAAGCCAGAUUUAGACUUGUCUGCAACCAUCACCAACCUACAUUUACCCAUAAACCCCUUCACUGCGUAGGUACAUGUCGACACAUACGCGCAUUUGCUAAAUUAAGCUUAAUUUAGCUUAAUUAAAUGCAACAUUAAAUGCCCUCUCUGAGGCGCAUUUAAAGAAGCAGAAUUAUUCUCAGGAUCAUCUGUAUGCAGCUACUGUAAGACGUUGACAUGUUCAACUAAAGGGGACUGAUUUAUUUAGAGCAGUACCGUUACUGAAAAUGCAUCUAUUUCUUUUUUCUUUCUUUACCAAAUUCACAAAUUAAGGCUAUAAUAGUGGAGUGCAUAAAAAUGGCAUAAGCUGAUGUGAGAUGUCAUAGUUGGGUCAGUGUAAUGCUGUUUCUGUAAUGCACCAAAUAUUAUAAUAGCAUUAACCCUGUAAAGCCUCAUGCAUCAAAAAAAGAGCCAAAACAUUCUAAUAUUUUGGAAGUGAGAUAUUUAUUAACCCUUUUAACAAAAUCCAAAAGAAAAUUCAAGAUUCAAGACUUUUAUUUGCCAUUUAUGCAUAGACAGA